CUUGCUGAGCAGCCAAUUUGCAAAGAAGUACUUUGCCGGCAUCUUGCGAAGCUGAUACCGAUCUUGGUGAAUGGCAUGAAAUAUUCAGAAAUAGACAUCAUCUUACUUAAGGGUGAUGUAGAAGAGGAUGAAGCUGUGCCUGAUAGUGAGCAGGAUAUCCGACCUCGGUUUCACAGAUCGCGAACGGUGGCCCAGCCUCAUGAGGAGGAUGGUAUUGAGGAAGAUGAGGAGGAUGACGAUGACCUUGAUGAUGAUGAGACGAUAUCUGACUGGAAUAUAAGGAAAUGUUCGGCUGCAGCUCUUGAUGUGCUAGCCAAUGUAUUUCGGGAAGAGCUUCUGCCACACAUUUUGCCUCUUUUAAAAGAGCUUCUUUUUCAUCCAGAAUGGGUAGUCAAGGAGUCUGGAAUCCUU